UUGCUCGCUGAAUUUUGAGGCUUAGAAGAUGUCUGAAGAAGAGAAACAAGAGACGCCGUAUUCCGAGGCGUCAACAAGAUCAUCGGUUGAAACACAGAAUUGGAUAGAGGCACAGGAUUUGCUGAAGAAGAAACUGAUCAAAGAGGACGAGUUCACAUGGAAAAUUACAGAGGCGGAAGGGGAAGGGAACGAGUUGAAGUUCGUCGGCGGCGUUGAUAUAAGCUUCUUAAAGGAAGAUUCAUCAGUCGCGUGUGGUACGCUCGUGGUAUUGGACCUCAAAACUCUUCAACUUGUCUAUGAUGACUUCUCUCUUGUCACCGUCCAAGUGCCUUAUGUUCCUGGCUUCUUAGCAUUUAGAGAGGCCCCAGUUCUUUUGGAGCUUUUGGAGAGGAUGAAAAAGAGAGCUAUUCAUUUGUACCCACAGCAGUUAUUGAUGGUUGAUGGAAAUGGAAUACUUCAUCCUCGAGGUUUUGGACUGGCCAGUCAUCUUGGCGUUCUAGCUAAUCUGCCUACCAUUGGAAUUGGCAAGAAUCUGCAUCAUGUUGAUGGUCUUACCCAGUCCAGUGUGAGGCAAAUUAUUCAAUCCAAAGGAAAAGAUACUGAUUCUAUAAUAACUUUGAGGGGUGUCUCUGGAUGCAUUUGGGGUGUGGCUAUGAGAUCUACAGUUGAUUCAUCGAAGCCCAUCUAUGUUUCAAUUGGUCAUCGUGUUUCACUCGAUACUGCCAUCAAAAUUGUUAAAAUCACAUGCAAGCAUCGCGUACCAGAACCUAUACGACAGGCUGACAUAAGGUCAAGAGAAUACCUCCGGAAAUUUCAAAUGGGAAUGCUAGAAAGAGCAACUUCGUAGUAAAAGAGACGAUGUAUAACGGUACAGGGUUAGAGACGCCGAACAAGUUCUUCGUGAGGCCGAAGACGGGAAAGGUUGGUGAAAGCGGGAGAGGAUUCGAAGAAGGCGAAGGCACCGCCGGCAUUUCCGUAAAACCUAACAGAGAUGUAUAUCCUGGAACACGAUCGAAAGCGCGAGAUGGAAGUCAAGCUUGUGAUACUGGAAGACAAUCCGAUGGACCAAGGUUUCCGAGAAGUUGAAGGAGGCUCGAAAGGCAUUGGAUCAAGCUGCUGCUGCUGCAGGAGCCACCAAAUUGCUGCUAGAAAGGAGGAGCAGAUGAAAACAUUGCUCUCGAACUGGAAAAGGCAUGCAAUAAUGGAAGAACGGAAUGAUGAUGACUACAAAAUGCUAAUAGGGCUUUCAAAAUAGUCCAGAUUAUGUCAUAACAAAGAUAGGAAAAGAAAGCCCAAUGAUAAAAUAUGAUUCUUCUUCUGAAAAGUGACAAGAAAUACAUCACCUCGAGGAAGCUGCAUAAGAAAAACAGACAGAAGGCAUGAUAUAUAUAGUGAUGCUUAUUAGGAAAUUUUCCUUAGGGCCAUGAAGCUGCAUUUUGAUUCAUUCAGUGUUGUGUUGAAUUGUUUUCUGUAAAUGGUUUCAAAUUUUAGUUUGACCAUUAAUUUCCAUUUUAACCAGCAUUUGAGGAU